UGUGAGUUUUGCAAUGAUGAGAGGUGCUGCUUCGGCCGGAGUAGUAGCAGUCAUGUUAAUGAUGCUAGUGGUAUUGAACCAAUUAGAGAGUGCUACUGCUAAUGAUUCAUUAUCAUCAAACAAAAGUCACUGUAAUAUUUAUAGAGGAAGUUGGGUCUACGACAAUGCUUACCCUCUAUAUGAUUCCAACUCUUGCCCUUUCAUUGAGAGACAGUUUAACUGCAAGUCUAAUGGUCGCCCCGACAGAGAUUACCUCAAGUAUCGUUGGCAGCCAUCCGGUUGCAAUAUCCCAAGAUUCAACGGCUUAGAUUUUCUUGAAAGAUUGAAAGGGAAGAAACUCAUGUUCGUAGGAGAUUCACUGAGUCUAAACCAAUGGCAGUCUCUUACGUGUUUGCUCCACAACGCCUCACCAAAAGCUAAAUUCAAUAUGACUCGUUCCCCUUCUGGCCUAUCCGACUUCUCCUUCCCCGCUUACAAUGCAACGAUCAUGUUCUCAAGAAACGCGUUUCUGGUGGAUAUAGUCGGAGCUCCACCAAAGCGAGUGAUGAAGCUCGACUCGAUCUCGACCGGUUCGCUGUGGAAAACCGCAGACGUUUUGGUCUUCAACUCUUGGCAUUGGUGGCUUCACACCGGCCGUAAACAACCGUGGGACGCAGUUGAGUAUGGAAAUGUAACGGUUCGAGACAUGGACCGAUUAGUGGCGUAUGAGAAAGCCAUUAGGACUUGGGCUAUGUGGAUCGAUCGAAACAUUGAUCAUUCUAAAACUAAAGUCUUUUUCCAAGGUGUCUCUCCUGACCAUGCCCAGUCAAACGAUUGGUCGAAUCAAGGUGGUAAUGGCAGCUGCAUUGGAGAAACAAAGCCAGUUAUGGGAUCAAACUAUCGGGCAGGGCCACACCCAGCGGAGAUGGUGGUGGAGAAAGUUAUCAAGACCAUGAAGAAUCCGGCACGGUUAUUGGACGUGACACUAAUGUCUCAAUUAAGGAAAGAUGGACAUCCUUCGGUCUAUGGGUUCGGUGGUCACACGACCCCGGAUUGUAGCCACUGGUGUCUUGCUGGAGUUCCGGAUAGCUGGAACCAGAUAUUGUACUCUGAGUUGUUUCAUUCUUGAUUCCUGAUGGAUAUAAGGAGUCAUGAACCUAGCUCAAUUCACAAUAUAUAAUGUAUGCGGCUUGGUUAUUUUGAAUGAAUUAUGUCUCAAGUCUUUGAUUG